UCCCUCUGGUUCUUUGUUGGUGGGCAGCUCUGUGACUCUGACCUGCAGCAGUAAUGCCAACCCAGCAGUGCAGAACUACAUCUGGUAUAAAGUGAAUGGGACAGAGAUAAACACUGUAGGAACUGGACAGAAUCUCACCUUUAAUGUGACUGAGUCCGGUGGCACUGAACAGUACUACUGUGAAGCACAGAAUGAAUAUGGCAAGGAGAACUCAAAAACUGUACAGCUGAAUGUGAUAUACAUGCCUCAGAUCUCUGGCUCUGGGAGCUGCAGCAGAACUGCAGCAGAGAUCAGCUGCUCCUGUGAGAGCCGUGGGAAUCCCUCUCCCAGCAUGGAGUGGCGUGUGUCUGGACUGCGGGUCACUAACUCUACUGAGAGAGUCAUCAGGGAGGAGCAGCUGGGGAACACAGGCCUGAGGAGCUCCCUCACCAUGCGCCAAUCACAGGGAGACACGCCCACUCUCCUCUGCGUCAGCACCAACACUCUCGGCUCCUCCAGCCUCCAGCUCCACCUCCCAUCACCACAGCAACACGCAGGAUUAAAUUUCAAUCCACUGUUACAUAUUAUCAUCAUAGGAAUGAUUUGUCUGUAUGUGCUGACUGUUGGAUUCUGUAUCCACAAAAAUAAAAGGUUGUCUAGAAGACUGAAGGGAGGGAGGGACGGGGACACAUAUGCCAGUCUGCAGCUCCCCAACAUCAGCCCUGACUAUGACGUGCUGCAGGUAAAAAACAAGCAUCAGAAACACACAGGGAGUACACAAGAUGAGAACGAUGAUUACCAGAACGCUGAAGAUGGAAACAGACCAGAUUCAGGGGCUAAUUCAAAAUAGCAAGGCUGAAGAUCAGAGAGGGCUCCUGUUCACAGAUGGAUGACGGUGUGAACUUCGGUCUAAACCCACAUGAGAAUAAUAUUCUGUUUUAAAGGGGCAGUUCACCCGAAAAUGAAAGAAAGCUACGUUUCAUCUUACUAGGAGUGUUAUCUAUCCAUCCAGGUAGUUUUUCUGAGAUUUGAUGAGAUGUGUUAAACUUUCUGUUUUUCUCUAUCUUUCUCUCACUCUCUCAUCUCUCUCUCUUUUUCUCUCUCUCUCUCUUCCCCACUUAUUCAAAGCACUGUGCUUAUGCAUUUAUGAUGAAGAAAGUUUAUUUUUCAAAGUUAAUUGUACUUUUUUUAUGGCAGAAUUUAAAAAGGUUGGUUGAGUGAGAUAGACUGAAAGGACCUUUUACAGUCUUGCAAAGAAAGCUGGGGGAGAACAGGUCUUAAACACAACUGCAUUCCUUUUGUAGUCUUUUUGAAGUUGUAUAUAAAAUAAGGGCAGGACUAAAUGAGGUAUGUGUUUUUUAUUAAUUUUUGUUGUACAAUUAAGGAAAGAACAAACAAAAAUAAUCUUCUGUACAAUAGCAAUUUGAAUUAUGUACAGUAAAAAGUGUUGCUCUAACAGGAUUUAUGUCGUCAAAAAGGGAUAAAAUGUAUUUGCUGGUUUGACAUUGAACAUUU